AACAGAAUAAAGACGCGAUGUAGAUUUGACCCUGUCUCGUUAAAAUCUUGCAUUUCGUAGCAUUUCCAAGCUGGAAUACGACAUAUUGUGUGUGUGAGAUUGCAUCACGAUGGUGAGUAAUAACUGCUGCUCUGCUAUUGGUUCACGCAGCGUGGAGCCAUCCUCCUCCAACAAAGGAUUACAGGCGGGCCGGUUCCUGGGGGAACAUGUCUGCUCACUAGUGGCUAUGCUGGCGUCUUCUUCGCUUGCUCUUCUGGAGGCGGUCUGGUGACAUUUAAACCAACAAAGAAGAAAAUUAAAAAAGGCCAAACCACGCCAUGGUGGCGGGUGAGCUGGUUCAGGAGCACGUGCGCGCAGACGCCUCACCUGAACGCAUCACCGCGGACAGGAAGCCCCAGGAGGGAGCGGUCCGAGACGCUUUCCCAGCCGGCACCGGUGAGACCGGGCUGGACAAGGAGGUGCCGGCGGAGGCGGACGAAAGCGCGGCGAUGCUACCCGACGGGGGUGAAGGAGGAGAAGGAGCAAAAGACGGAGGAGAGGAGGAGCCGGAGGACGCGGGGCGUCUGGAGACGAAGCUCUACUGGAGCCGCUUCGCGGUCCUGGCCGUGUUCAGCCUGUACUCGCUGGUCAACGCCUUCCAGUGGAUCCAAUACAGCAUCAUCACCAACGUCUUCACACGCUUCUACCGGGUGAGCAACGCCAAGAUCGACUGGCUGUCCAUCGUCUACAUGCUGGCCUACGUGCCGCUCAUCUUCCCGGCCACCUGGCUGCUGGACCGCCGGGGUCUGCGCCUCACGGCGGUGCUGGGGGCGGGCCUCAACUGCGCCGGCGCCUGGCUCAAGUGCGCCAGCGUGGGUCGCGACCUCUUCGCCGUCACCAUGGUGGCGCAGAUUAUCUGCUCCGUGGCGCAGAUCUUCAUCCUCGGCCUGCCCUCGCGCGUGGCCUCCGUGUGGUUCGGACACAAAGAGGUCUCCACCGCCUGUGCCACCGCAGUACUGGGAAACCAGCUGGGGGUGGCCAUCGGCUUCCUGUUGCCUCCCGUUUUGGUUCCCAAUACUCCCGAAGAUGACGAACUGACGGCUCAUAACAUCAGGAUCAUGUUCUACGGCACUGCCGCCGUCUCCACGGCGCUCUUUCUUCUCACACUGAUAGUCAUGAAGGACCGGCCGCCCCUGCCGCCCAGUCAGGCCCAGGCCGUCCUGCCAGUCGCCCCCCCUGAGGACUACUCCUACAGGCGCUCCAUUGUCAGCCUGAUGAAGAACAAAGCCUUCAUCCUGCUGCUGAUCAGCUACGGCAUAACGACCGGCUCCUUCUACUCAGUGUCAACAAUCCUCAACCAGAUGAUCAUGGCCUGCUACGAGGACCAGGAGUUGAAUGCUGGGAGGAUCGGCCUGACGCUGGUGGUGGCUGGCAUGGUGGGCUCCAUCCUCUGUGGACUGUGGCUGGACCACACCAAGACCUACAAGAUGACGACUCUGCUGGUGAACUGCUUGACCUUUGUGAGCAUGGUGGUCUUCACCUUCACCCUGAACCUGGACAACAUCUACCUGGUCUUCUUCACCGGCGGCAUGCUCGGCUUCUUCAUGACGGGCUACCUUCCUGUGGGCUUUGAGUUCGGCGUAGAAAUCACGUACCCGGAGUCGGAAGGAACGUCGUCGGGACUCCUCAACGCUUCUGCUCAGAUAUUUGGCAUCCUCUUCACGCUGAUCCAGGGCAAACUGACCACAGACUACAACCCACUUGCAGGAAACCUCUUCCUUUGCGUGUGGAUCUUCCUGGGAUUAAUUCUCACUGGCUUCAUCAAGUCGGAGCUGAAGAGACACAACGUGAACAUCAGCGUAGACGUCAAACAUCUGCAGGCGCUUCCCACCGAGUGUCCAUCAGAGAAGAAGACCAAUGGCAUCAAACUAGAACCUUCUCUCAGCUUCGCACGUGAAACCUCCCUCUAAAGGGAUCCGACAGUCCUCAACUGUCCUCAUUGACUUUUCCUGAGUUUACUUGAAUGCAUCGCUUCCUUCCUUUUCAUCAAGGACACAUGUCCUGUGGAGAUGGUGGAGGCGCCGGCCCGGUCCGGUCCGGUUCAGCCUUGGAGCAGAACAUGUGAGUCCAACAUGUUACCUUAAUGUCAACAAUAUCAGACUACACGCACAACCUUUUUCUACUUGUGACCUUGCAUGCCGUGCGUGCGUGCACGCAUGUGUGUGGAGCCAGCACACAUCUGGUGUUGGCGUAAAGGCCCGUUUGAUGACGUCAUGCAGAAACCAGGACUCUUCAUGCUUUUUUUAACCUCACAAUAAGCAUCAAAGUAUCCGCUGAACAUUUAAAUACAGACCAUCUUACUUUCAUAUUGGUUUAAAAAAACUUUGUAUAUUAUUUUAGAGUAAGAAAGAACAUGAGAUGUUAGCGUUUCCUUAUUUCAUGUGACAUCAAGCUGGUAGAACCGAUGAAAGCGGAGCUUAUUGAUUAACUAGCAAAACUUUAAUUCUACACUUAUGUUCUGUUCAUGUUUUAUUCCCACUAAACCAAGUGAACUAAUGGAAUACAGCACUGGAAUUAUUAGAAGUGAAUUUAAUUCAACAGAAAUUGCACUGUGCAUUCCUACUGCAAUGUAAUGCAACGACUAACUAACAACUAACUUAUUAUUUAGGAUGAAUUAUUUAGGUCCAGGAAGUAGACUGACUUAGAACAGGGGUGUCCAAAGUGUGGCACAUUCUGAAAAUAUUAUUUAACAACAAUCACAGCGGAGUGGGCAUGCCCGGAGGCGGGCUGUGGAUGGAAUAAAUUAAAACAGACCGUUUUGGCAGGAAGCACGAAUCAAAGGAAAUACAGCUGGAAUAGGUGCAGAUUCUGGAAGAUCUAGAAGGUUUUCUGUGCAGGUUAUUGUGUGUAGCUGCUCUAUGGGAGUCCACAAGUCAAUACAAAGGGUCGAAUAAUGAGCAUAAUAGGUCCCCUUUAAAGAAAAACAACUUUUAAAAAGUUGUAAUAGUAUGAAACACAAGCAAAACAACAAAUACAGUUGCAAUAUUUGGAAAAUAAGGAUACAGAGCAACUUAUGUUACAAGAAUAAGGUCAAAAUAUUAUGUGAAUAAAGUCAUAAUUACGUAAAGAAAGUUGAAAUAGUGGGCCGCAUGGUGGCCACUUAGUCAGGAGAUUGGGAAGACGUGGGUUGUAAUCUCCACUUGGGCAUCUCUGUGUGGAGUUUGCAUUUUUUUAUAUAUUUGGGUUUGUUUUUUUUUAAACAGCAAAAAUUAAGACCAAAGUUGGAAGUCAAAUGCGAUUUUUCAGCUGUAAACACAAGGUAAGAUGAAGGCUAUUUUUUUUAUACUUUAUAAUCAAAGUGGCCCCUGCAUCCUUUCAUUUUCAGUAUGUGGCCCUCGCUGGGAGAAGGUUUGGACCCCCCUGAUCUAGAAGCACUGUCGUUGAAAUGUGUGAUGUUUAUAAACAUUUGUUGUCCUUUUGUUGCCUGUCAACUCUGCUGUUGGGAAUAGUAAAAUGUGCUUCCUAAAUACUGGGCUCGUGUCAGAUGAUGAUGUCAUUAAACGUCAGCUGACCUCACGUGGAACGUCUUCAUGUCGCAUCAUUCCAUUUCUUGGAGUAUUGCUAUCAACAUUGUAAGAACGCUUUAUAUUGUUUUAAAAGUAUCUUUGUACUUGACAUAAACGGUUCAAGUACCGAAGUGACGUACAGGAAACGACAUGGAGUGGGUGUCAUGUGACUAAUCCGCGGGCUAUGGCCACCCCAAAAUGGCGGCCUGUCAGACAUCAGCGGGCAGGCUGUGUUCUACUCCAAUGCGGGGGGUGUGGCCACCCUGCCCUGCCCCCAGCCUUCAUGCUCCACCCUCACGUGGCUCUACAGCAAAGACCCCCGUAACACGGUCCAGGAGGUGGAAAGCGGUCAGGUGGUG